AUGGGGGGCGGGCCGCGGACGUUCCCGGGCGGGCUGUCCAAGUGGCAGCACAAGCGGAUGCACGAGAAGCUGGCGCGGGGGAAGGAGCGGGGCCUGCUCCGCCACGAGAAGCAGCUCUACCUCGCCCGCCUGCGCUCCGAGAUCCGCGCCUCCCACCUCCCAGGCGCCCCUGCCUCCCCCGCUGACCACGCCGGCCCCACCUCCUCGCGCGCCCACAUCCGCGCCCUCGCCGACCGCUUCCUCCGCCCUGGCGCCGAGGACCUCUGGAACGACGAUGACGGCCCGCUACGCCGGGCACGGCUCCCCCCGCACCAGCAGCAGCAGCCCGCGAGGAGCCUGCCGUCCGGCGCCCGGAUGGUCGACUGGAAGCAGGUGGAGUCAGGGGAGAAGCCGAAGCCGCCCCGGGGAGGAGGGGACUGGAAGGACUGGGAGGAGCUGGAUUCUGGGGAGCCGACGGCGGGAAGGGGAGCCGGAAAUGAGCCGCGAUUGCCCGCCGCGUUCAACCAGAGGAGAGGGUACGGGACGGCCGCUCCCUGGUGGUGGCAAUGGAGCCCGAGCUCCGGCACGCCUUCGCAGAGGAAGGAGGCGUCCUUCGGCUUCUUCGGUCCGAAGAGAUGCUACUCGGUGAUGCCUCCAUGCUCGCCGUGCCGGGAAUCGGGUGCUGCGCUGAUGCCGUUGGUUGCUAGACAGCUCGCCGAGGCUGGGAAUGGCAGGAAGGCGACACCGUUGGCUCUGUUUUAUACUCAGGAGAGGUUGUACUCUGUAGCAGCCCCACGGCGGUUUGGCCAGAAAUGGAGGCCGGAUUCAUCAGACGAGGAUGAGGAGGUUAUGCCGGCUGCUAGGGAUCUGAGGUUGGCAAAAUUCGUGGCUUCGAGGGAAGAUGAGUCGGAAGAUGAUGAACCGGGGGAGACGAGCGCCAUCAGGAGGAAAUGGAGCACUGCUGCUCUGAGGAACUGUGAUAUGAAGAGAGAUAGGAGACCGCUCAAGUCCUACGAGGAGGAAAGCGAUGAUGAUAUCACUGGUAGAAUCCAAGAGCUGCGAGAGGAGAUAAGAAACAGGGAGGUGCUGGGUGCUGAGAGGAGGCGGUACGAGUCAAGGGGUGAAUCUGUGUUUACCAAUAAAAGAUUCGAUGAGUGUGGCAUCUCCCCACUUACUGUCAAAGCACUCACUGAUGCUGGAUAUAUACAGACAACUGUUGUCCAGGAAGCAGCUCUUCCAGUUUGUCUCGAAGGUAAAGAUGUUCUUGUCAAGGCCAAAACUGGAACCGGCAAAAGUGUAGCUUUUCUGCUUCCUGCAAUUGAAUCAGUCUUGAAAGCCAUGAAGAGCCAUACAAAUCAUCGAGUGUCUCCAAUAUAUGCCCUUGUUCUAUGCCCUACAAGAGAGCUUGCCGUCCAGGUUACAGCUGAGGCGAAUGUUUUGGUGAAGUACCAUCAUGGAGUGGGUGUUCAGUCUCUUAUUGGUGGUACCAGAUUCAAGCUUGAUCAGAGACGGUUAGAGUCUGAUCCAUGCCAGAUUUUAGUGGCAACACCUGGUAGGCUGCUGGAUCAUAUUGAAAACAGGUCUUCAUUCUCUGUCCGCUUGAUGGGAUUGAAAUUGCUUGUGUUGGAUGAAGCUGACCACUUGCUAGAUUUGGGUUUUCGCAAAGACAUAGAGAAGAUUGCUGAUAGCUUGCCGCGCCAAAGACAGACACUACUAUUUUCAGCUACUGUUCCAAAAGAGGUUCGAAGGGUUUCACAGAUGGUUUUAAACAAGGAUCAUGUUUUUGUUGAUACAGUGGGCUUGGGAGCUGUUGAAACUCCUACUAAGGUGCAGCAGCAAUAUCUCGUGGUACCACAUGAACUGCACUUUCAUAUGGUUCAUCGCCUUCUUCGAGAGCAUAUUGAUCAGGAAGUGGACUAUAAGGUGAUUGUUUUCUGCACGACUGCCAUGGUCACUGAAUUUAUGUAUAUAAUGCUUCGAGAUCUGAAGUUAAAUGUCAGAGAGAUACAUUCAAGAAAGCCUCAGCUUUACAGAACACGUAUUUCUGAAGAGUUCCGGGAUAACAAUCGUCUGAUUCUGGUAACAUCAGAUGUUUCAACACGUGGAGUGAAUUAUCCAGAUGUUACUCUAGUGAUUCAGGCUGGCGUUCCUCCUGGUAGAGAGCAUUAUAUUCAUCGUCUUGGAAGGACUGGAAGAGAAGGUAAAUCCGGGAAAGGAAUUCUGUUGAUUGCGCCAUGGGAAGAGUAUUUCUUGAAGGAGAUACAUGAUCUUCCAAUACAGAAGGCUCCUGUGCCACAGAUUGAUCAGGAGAUGAAACAAAAGGUUGAUGAUUCGAUCAAGAUUGUUGACAUGAGCAUCAAGGAAGCCGCAUACCAUGCAUGGCUUGGUUACUAUAACUCGAUAGCUGAUAUUAGCAGAGACAAAGUCAUGCUUGCUGACCUGGCUAGUAGGUUCGGCGUCUCUAUCGGCAUGGAAAAGCCUCCGAUGCUGUUUAGGAAAACCGCCUUGAAGAUGGGGUUAAAGGGUGUACCAGGAAUUCGGAUAAGAAAAUGA